UCAGAAUCGUAUUAGCAUCCCACCUGGAGUCUCCGAGCAUCUUCUGAUGGGGUCUCCAACCUGAAGGUGAGAGUUCCACCGGAGCCUCAGAGCAGAAGCAACUGCUGUCUUUGAGAAGGUUGUUAAGUGAAUCUGGCUUCCCCCUUGACUUCGCUGAUCAGAAGGUCACAAAAGGGGAUCGGGAGCCGCCACCCCCCCCCCCCGGGACACUGCAACAGUCGUUUUCAGAGGUUCGACUCACCCUCCGAAGUCACAAUGAGCCUCCUCUUCCUCUUCUCCGUGUCGUUUGCUGCGUAUGUUUCCCCAGUUUCGGCUUCUUGGUCGGCCACUUACCCGGACAACCUGUGGGCCAACAAGGAUUCUUGUGCCGUGCUUCCCUGCACGUUUGCCUUCCCCAGCAGCGUCUCCGUCACAAAUGGGAUCAUGGCCAUCUGGUUCAAAGAAGAGGAUACUCAGCAGAUCACCGUUUUCCACUCCAAAUCUCCGGAGACAGCCAAUGCUCGCUUUCGAAACCGCGCCGAACUGCUGGGGGACCCCCUUGAAGGCAACUGCACCCUGGUCCUGCGACACUUGACGAAGGAGGACAGCGGACAGUAUUCCUUCCGGUUCGAAGUGGUCAAGGCGAAUAGUUGGACGGAGAAGAAGCAGCUCCAGCUGACCAUCACUGAUAACCCUGACUCCCCCACCAUUGCUGUCCCAGGAGACCUAAGGGAAGGAGUCCCAGCAACCUUUAAGUGUUCCAGUCCGUACGUCUGUCCCUACGACCACAGCUCCCUGAGGUGGUUUGGCUACGACCCUGAGACCUCCCAUGUCUCUGGAACGGUCCAGCUGGACACCACGGCAGCCGUCUCUAAGCAGACCCUCCAAACGACACUAACCUGGAAGAACCACCAGCAGAAGUUGGCCUGUGAAGCAUCGGUCGGAACCCGGAAGGCCAGAGGGGAAGUUACUCUCCUUGUAGGACAUGCCCCCAAAGGCCUCCACGUGGCCCUCGAGCCCCCCGCCCAGAACAUCCGCGUGGGCGACGCCGUGACUCUGAUUUGCAAUGUCAACAGCAGCUACCCAGAACCCACCGCCUUCAGGUGGUUCAAGGACGGCACCGCUUGCGGGACCGAGCGGGUGAAGACCAUCCGGCGUGCUUCCCUCAAGGAUUACGGGCGCUAUCACUGCGAGGCGGAAAACUCGCUGGGCAGCGGGGUGGCUGAAGGGCUGGCCCUCCCCAUCUUUGCCGCGGUGCUAUCGGUCAGUCCUUCCUCCAGCAUCCGAGAAGGUGAGCCGGUCACUUUGACUUGCGAGAUCCCUGGAGAAGACCAGCAGGAGAUCCACUACAGCUGGUUCAAGAACAACAUCUGGUUCAAGGAAGGCGCUGCCCGCAUCCUCACCUUCCAGGAGGUGACCGUCGGCGACACGGGCUACUACACAUGCAAAGUCCAGAACGAUAAAGGAAGCGAGACCUCUUCCGCCAUCGGCUUAACCGUCUUCUAUCCUCCCCGAUCGCCCUCCCUGGCCUUGUUCCAGGAGACCCAGAGGGGUCAGCUGGCCAUUGUCCACUGCACGGUGGAGAGCAACCCUCAGUCCACGCUGAGCCUUUUCCGGGACCAGAGACUCCUGGCCACCACCAGCUCCCACUCAGCGCCCAACCAGAGGAUCAGCAUCGCAGCCACGCGCAACUCCUUGAAGCUGGAGAUCCAGAAGGUCACGCCGGAAGACGAGGGCGAGUACCAGUGCGUGGCCACCAACAAGUAUGGGAAUGCUACCACCUCCAGCUUCUUCAGGAGCCAAACUGCCAGGGUGGUGGCCAGCCCUUCCGGCAAGCUGGUUGAAGGCCAGAGAGUCACCCUGACCUGUGUCACCACCGUGGGGAGCGAAGAAGACACCACGUACACUUGGUACAAGAAUGCCAAAUGGGUAGAGCAAGGCCAGAAGGACAGCCUGGUCCUCUCAGCUCUGGUCAGAGAAGAUGCUGGGACCUUCCACUGUGUGGCCGAGAACAAGAAAGGAAGCCACCUCUCACCACCCAUCGCUCUGCGCGUGCUCUAUUCUCCAAGGCUGCCCGCGAUGACCUCUUUCCUGGAGACCCAAGGUGGCCAUCUGGGCAUCAUCCAGUGCACAGUGGACAGUGACCCCCCCUCCGAGAUCGCUUUUUACAAGGGCGACACCCUCGUGGGUUCCAACCACCUCUUACCGUUGGCCACCGACCCAAGAAUCCGGGUGACCUCCUCGCCUAACGCCCUGAAGGUGACCAUCCAGGAGCUGAGGUUGGACGACGAAGGAGAAUACGUGUGCUCGGCCCAAAACCGCUAUGGAGAUGCCAUGGCCACCAUGGACUUCACUGCGGAAACCGCCAGCAUCGCCAUCGCCCCGUCUCCAGAGAUCCACGAAGGAGACCCCGUCCGCCUCCUGUGUGUUCUCAGUGGGAACCUCUCGGCCUCGGCCAACUACUCCUGGUUCAAGGAGGGUCUCCGCCUCCCGGGGGUCUCCGGGGAUUCCCUGGUCUUGGAACACGCGACUGUGGAGGACGCCGGAGCGUAUAAAUGCCGAGUGGAAUAUCCCGGAGCCAGCAAGACCUCCAGCUCAGCCUCGCUCUCUGUGCUGUUCGCCCCGAGGAACCUCCAGGUGUCCGUUUUCACGGAGAGCGAGAGGGGAACCGUGGCCAUCUUCCAAUGUUCGGUGGACAGCAAUCCUCCGGCCACCUGGGCUCUGUACAAAGGAGACACCGUCUUGGCCACCAGCAAGACAAAGGACAACCCGGCCUCCCAUCGGAUCAGCGUCACUACCGGGCCCAACGCCAUGCGGGUGGAGAUGACGCGGGUGGGACCGGAAGACGAAGGAAGCUACAACGUUACGGCCACCAACGCGCACGGCGCCACCUCCAGACAGCUGUACUUCCGAGUGCAAACGGCCCGGAUUCUGAUCAGCCCAUCCCCCGAGGUGCUGGAAGGGGAGCAGGUCCGCCUCACCUGUGACCUGAUGGGAGGCCUUCCAGAGGAUCCCAGCUUCUCCUGGUACCGCAACAGCAAACACCUCCAAGGGAUCACCGACGGCAGCCUCACCUUCCUGUCCGUAACCCACCAGGACGCCGGCGCCUAUUACUGCAAAGCCCAGACCGCAGAUGGGAAGGACCUCAGCCUCUCCCCGUCCAUCAGCCUAACCGUGUUUUACCCCCCUCGGAAGCCCCACCUCACGGCUUUCCUUGAGACGCCAGGCAGCCGGGUGGCCGUCCUUCAGUGCACGGUGGAGAGCGACCCCCAGGCCCACCUGGCCCUACGCAAAGGCCGGCAGCUCUUGGCCUCCAGCACGGACUCCAUCCUCGCCCACCGGCUCAAGGUUUCCCCCGCGUACAACAGCCUGAGGGUGGAGAUCUGGGACGUGGUGAUGGAGGACGAAGGAGAAUACGCCUGCUGGGCAAGCAACCGAUACGGCAACGGGAGCGCCAGCAUCACCUUCAGAGCACGGGCCGCCAAGCUCUGGAUUUCCCCUCCAGACGCCUUGGAAGGGAACUCCGUCAAUCUGACCUGUGCCGUUGACUCGGAGGCUGUCGGGGACAUGCGCUACACCUGGUUUAAGAACAACGAGUGGUAUGCAGAAGGCUUGGUCCGGACUCUGGUGUUACACCAGGCUACCAUAGAAGACGCCGGCACCUACUACUGCACCGCCCAGACCCGAGAAAGGAUGUGCAAUUCCUCCUUAAGCACCCUGGAUGUCCUCUACCCACCUAGGAAUGUGCUGGUCAAGUCCUUCUUGGAGAUCCAGAAAGGCCAGCUGGCCAUCAUCCUGUGUACCGUUGAGAGCAACCCACCGUCCGUGCUGUCCCUUCGCCGGGCUGACCAAGUCUUGGCGUCCAGCUCCUCCAAAGUCCGUGGGGUGCCAGGCCAGAAGCUGCGGGCUGCUUCCUCCCCAAAUUCCUUGAGGCUGGAGAUCCGAGACGUCAACCUGAAGGACGAAGGGAGCUACGAGUGUUGGGCGAGCAACUCUCUUGGCCGAGCCCAGGCGUCUUUCAACCUCUCCGUGGAGACUCUAAGGCUGGUGAUUGAGCCCAUCCCAGAGGUGCAUGAAGGACAGCGUGUCUCUCUGGUCUGUGAAGAUGCCAACUUCCAACCGUCUGCCCUCUACACCUGGUACAAAGAUGCCAGGUGGUUGGGUGAAGGUCCGGCCACCUCCUUCCUGCUCCGAGCUGUUACUUCCCGGGACAUGGGAUCCUACUCUUGUCAGGCUCAAGACGAAAGGGGCAUCAGGACAUCUCCACCCGUCGCUCUCUAUGUGCACUACGAGCCCAAGAAGGUCACCCUCACCUCCUUCCUGGAAAGCCCCUCGGGCCACCAGGCCAUCCUGCAGUGCGCCGUGGAGAGCUAUCCUCCCGCUGAGCUGACGCUCCACCGAGGAAACGUGCUGGUGGCGGCUUCCAGCAGGCUCUCGGGGAACUUGCCCGCUCAACGGUACGUCGUCCACGCCUCUCACAACGUCCUGAAAGUGGCGAUCCAGAAGGUCCUUCAGGAGGACGAAGGACAAUACCGCUGCCUGGCUAAGAACGCCUACGGGACCUCAAAAGCCUCGAUACACUUCACGGUGCCGAGGGCAAGAAUCACCAUCGACCCAUCGCCAGAUGUUCACGAAGGCAGUCCGGCCAACCUGACCUGUGAGAUUGCCAGCCGGGUGGUGGAGUCCAUGAACUACACCUGGUACAAGGACAGCCGGUGGCUUUGGGAGAGCCCCGAUGGAUCCCUCCUGUUGAGCCGAGUGACCAGGGAUGACACCGGGGCCUACCACUGCCAGGCAACCGGAAGGACAGGAAGUCUGACCUCGGCCUUUGUCCAUCUGAAAGUGCAGUAUGCGCCUGACCGCCCCUCCUUGAAUGCUUACCUGGAGGUUCAGAACGGGAAGCUGGCUAUCAUCACCUGCCAAGUGGAGAGCUACCCACCUUCCAGGCUAGCCGUGUACAAAGGAGGCCAACUCCUGGCCGUCACCAAAAGCUUCUCACCAGCUGGUCAGCGUUUCCACACCUUCUACUCGCAUAACCGUUUGAGGCUGGAGAUUCAGGACAUCACGGAAACAGAUUCGGGGGAUUUUGUGUGUCAAGCUGACAACGCCCUCGGCAACGCAACCAGCAGCAUCACCUUCGAUGCAGGACUGCUCUCUAAACUGACCGUCUUUGAGAUCUUGGCUGGGAUAGCCAUUGGCGUGGUCUGCAUAGCUGCUCUGGCCGGCCUGGUCUUUGGCGUGCAAACAAACGGAUCCCGGAUAUAUCAAAAAUGGAUCACGUGGACGAAAAAGAAGAGCAACAAGGAAGAAGUGCAGCAGGAUGGAAACCGAGAAGAAACCAUUCAGUUGAAUGGAGAGAGCCCAGAUACUCCUCCCGCUGGAAUGUUCUGCUUCUCCUACAGAAGGCUACCCUGGAGGGCUGGUGCGGUCCCGAAAGUGGCUGUGUCUGAGUCCAGCUGUACAAGCACCUUGUGAGCAUACCAGGAGGACCUGCAGAUGGGGGCACAAGCAGGCCCAACCGGGGCUGCUCAGACUGGACAAUGGGGGGGAGGGGGAGUUCUCCUUGUCUGAAGACGUUUCAAACCUUGAGUUCAUCCUUGUCCGGGACUAUCCAGCACAACGGUGUUGGCCAAACACAACAGUUUUCACCCAUGCAAAAAUGUCCCCAUCCAAAUUCAACCACUUUCUUUUAAAAUGAAGUCCAGCAUUGAAGCACCAGGCUAGAAAACCAGAGGCUGUGAGUUGUAGCAUCGUCUUGAAAGUCGGCUGGGUGACUUUGGGCCAGUCCUUCUCUCUCUUUUUCUCUUUUGGCCCAACCUACCUCACAGGGUUGUUGUUGUUGUUUUAAAGCUUUUUUUAUUUAUAAUACAAAUUAAAAACCGUGGACAUAGCGUGACAUCUCCGGUUUAAACAUUUUCAUCAGAUUUUGUCAUAUAAUUGAUACACUUCCUUAUCUCUAUACAUAUUUAUACUAUCACAUUUCGAAUACACAUGUUCUUUCAUCCAUAUAGGUUAUUUCGAUAGCUAAUUCAAUCAUAUCUAUCAUAACAAAUUAGCAUAAAACCUCCAAGCAUUUUAUUCGUCAAUGGUGCUAUAUCCCAGCAUUUCUCCUCCUUUCCAGUCAAUAAUAAAAUUUG